CCUAACAGUAUUUAGUCGUUUAUCGCCCGGGAAAGAUUAAAGUUGAGGAGUUGAGCUCUUUUCAAAUUUGAAGCUGUUCACAACAAAAGCAAAAAGUGCUUCAUUUUCUUAGCCCUCAAAUUAAUAAAGAAUCUAAAUGGCUGCUUUACCUUUUCUAUUGAAUUUCGAUCCACAUCCCUUUUACAACCCGGAUGUGUUUCCAAAUAGCAUGUAUAGACGUCUACAUGCCCGUCAACAUCAUCCUUUGGACAUGCACACAAUGGGGUUAAUUUCACGUCUGGCUCCUCAUUUCCGUCACUUGGAGACGGUCAAGCACAAGGAUGACCUUAUCCCUGUAGACGGUGGCCUCAAUCACAAAGACGAAGAGUUUUCUGUACAUCUCGACGUUGGCCUUUUUCGUCCGGAUGAAUUGAACGUCAAAGUGGUCAACGACCAUCUGAUUAUCGAAGCCAAGCAUGAAGAACGCGAGACUGAUGACUCGGGCUAUAUUUCGCGUCAUUUCGUUCGACGCUAUGAACUGCCCAAGGACUGCGACCAGGAUGCGAUUGUAUCCAAACUCACAGCAGAUGGUGUACUAAGUGUCAUGCUGCCCAAGUCCAAGGUGGCAGCCAAGGAGCGUGUCAUACCCAUACAACAGACCGGGCCAAAUGAUUUAUUUUUGAAAAAUAAGACUCAUAACGAAGACAAGGAAAAAAGCAGCAACAACAAGUGCGACGACUAAAUAUUGAAGUCCAAUUCCAAAUGUAUCAUCGUUUUAAACUUAAAUAAAAAAGAAUUUUUUUUUUUAAUCUUAUGUACUUGUCCACUCUUAUAAGAAAAAAAAUUACAUUGCAUUCGUAUUCGCUAACUUUAUAUUAACUAUACAUACACAAGUAUGCACACACAAUUAUAAAUGUUUAAAAAAAAAUAAAUUCAAAAACUCUUUUAAACUCGA